UCUCCAAAGACUACACACUUCACAUACACUUGACUAAAUUAGGUAGCUAACUAAUCCCUAACUAAUACAAAAGACAACAAUGAAUACAUGCAUGUAAGCCAUAGUUUCUUAGAAUAUGGGUGCUUAUACAAAGUCUGUUGGCUUACAACUACCUUCUUCCAUUUGCAACACUUCAUCAAGUCGACGACUUGUAACAUAUCAUCUUGUCUUAUUGAUCUUCAUCUCCUUCCCUUUACUCCUCCUAAAUGUGUUCCUCCCCCAUCCUCAACUCAUUGAUGUCAUCUUUCUUCAGACACAGUCUAUAACCUCCUCCUUUCCCUCUCCAAGCAAGGUUAAACCACCAAAAUGGCUCGAGGUCAUUCAUAGAACUCAUUUGAAUGCUAAGGAGCCAUUAAGAGUUGGUUUGAUCAACUUCGAGGAUUCAGAGCAAUCUCACCUGCAACUAGGUGGGAUUGCAGAGUCUGUAACCAUAAAUUUUGAGUCUGUCUCUCCUAAUGUCACUUGGAAGAAGAUCUUUCCAGGGUGGAUUAAUGAGAUGAACCCUAAAGGAAGGUGUCCAGAAGCUAUCCCCAUGCCAGAGACUGGGAAGUAUCUAGAGUUAGAUGUGGUGGUGGCAUGUUUACCUUGUAGAAAUGACCUACUGAACAAGGGAAAACUUAGUCAUUGGGAAGAGGGGAUUAGAGAUGUUCAUAGGUUGCAAAUUAGCCUAGCUAGUGCUCAAGUGAUAGUUGAUCAAAAUCAUGGAGUUAACAAAGACAAUAAUGAUGUUUAUGCAGUGUUUGUUACAAAAUGUGAACCGAUGGUAGAGAUAUAUAGGUGUGAUGAUUUAAUAUGGCAUAGAGGGGAGUAUUGGGUAUACAAGCCUAAGGUUGAGAAGUUGAAAGAGGUGAUUAGCAUGCCUAUAGGAAGUUGUGCCCUUGCUCGUCCUUAUGCUAGGGCUCAAGGUUUGCAAAACAUUGAUCAAUUGUCAAAAGAGCUACAAAUGACGAGUUCACCAAGUACCAACAAGCCAAGACAUGCCUAUGUAACGGUUCUUCACUCGUCCGAAUUUUAUGUAUGUGGAGCCAUAGCUUUAGCACAAAGCAUCCUUCAAACUAACACCACCAAAGACCUAGUCCUCCUUGCGGACCACACCAUCUCUAAGCAUUCCAUACAAGGCCUCCAAGCUGCGGGUUGGAAGGUAAGGCAAAUUGAUCGUAUAAGGAGUCCUAACUCCAAGGUUGAUUCCUACAAUGAGUGGAACUAUAGCAAGCUUAGGGUGUGGCAAUUGACCGAGUAUGACAAGGUUAUGUUCAUUGACUCUGAUUUCAUUGUGCUUCAUAACAUUGAUCGUUUCUUUGACUACCCUCAGCUUUCAGCUGCACCUAAUAAUAAAUGGCUAUUUAACUCGGGGAUCAUGCUCCUAGAGCCAUCCAAGUGCUUUUUUGACUAUCUUAUGAGCAAACGUUACACUUUAAAGUCUUACAAUGGUGGAGACCAAGGGUAUUUAAAUGAGAUCAUAACUUGGUGGCAUAGGCUAACAGUGAAAUUGAAUUUCAUGAAAUAUUUUCCUAAGGAAUUUGGUGAUGAGUCGAGAUUCAUUCCUAAGGAUCAACACACCAUCCAUUUCUUAGGGAUGAAGCCAUGGUCGUGUUAUAGAGAUUAUGAUUGUAAUUGGCAUAGAGAGGAAUAUCACAAUUUUGCAAGUGAUGAGGUGAAUGCGAGGUGGUGGCAAGUGUAUGAUGAAAUGCCAAAAGAGUUACAAUACUAUUGUGGGAUGACCGAAGAAGCUGAUGCAAAACUCCGCGAAUUCAAAGCCCUUGCCAAACAGGAAAAGCUCAAAGAUGAGCAUUGGAGGAUUGAAAUUAAGGAUCCUAGGCAGUACAAUUUGAUAAAUUAUGUUUAAAUGUAAAUUUUAAGAUGGGCAAUAGUCCUACUUUACAAAGAGGCAUGAAUAUUAAUUCCAACCAUUAAAUU